AUGGGACAGAAAGCACCAAAACUGGGCAACAAAAAAUCCCACAUUGGACUGAGACGUCCAGAUGGAGAGGCUGUAACGGUACGGGAAUUUGAGCCAGCGGAUGAACCAGAGGUGCUGCGAAUCUUCCAUGAAGGACUAAUGGAGAUGGUCCCUGACACUGCCUUCAGAGGCCUGAGACAUCACCCCGAGAGCCUGCUGCUGUACGCAGCCAUCACCGUUGUCAGCUCUGCUCUCACCAUGUGUUGGUGGCUGAUUUUACUCCUCCCUGCACUGGUGGUUGGUGCGCGCUACUUCUACAGCCGACGUGUGAUCCACGGUUACCUGGUGGAGGCCAUGAGCAGAGACAUGGGAAACAUCGAAGGAUUUUACAUGAAAUCACCAGGUUCCUGCCUCUGGGUGGCGGUGCUGGACCAAAAGGUCGUCGGCGUGGUGGCAGCGGUUGGCCAGCAGAAGGAGCCGGGCGGCGCCGUGGAGCUGCGGCGGAUGUGUGUGGACCGGAGGUACCGGCGGUGCGGCGUCGGCAUCGCUCUGGGGAAAAGGCUCCUGGAGUUCGCCGCUGCCAGCAGCUGCUCCUCUGUUAACCUGGGGACCACAGCGUACACGCCGGCGGCACACCGGCUCUACCAGCACCUGGGAUUUCAAUGUGUCGGCGUCACCGAAGGUUACGUCACACCGGGUUCCAGGCAGUCGUUACCUGAAAGACUUUUCUACAGAGUCCGAUAUCAUCACUACACCUAUAAAGUCACAUGA